AUGUCGAUGACAAGCAAGACAUUCACGCUGAAGAGCAGCGACAGCGAGUCGUUUGAGGUGGUGGCGAUGCAGUCCCAGACGAUAAAGCACAUGAUCGAGGACCAUUGCGCCGAUGACGGUAUCCCACCUCACAAUUCUGAUGGCGCCAACGAUCGAUCUCAAGGCCUGGGACUCCGAUUUCGCCAAGCUCGUCUAAUCCACACUCUACCACCUCAUACUGGUAAAGUAUAUUAA